CAGUUCCAGAAUAAGUAUACAUUAAUGUAUACUUAGUGAGACGUGUAUUCAAGACACGUGUGGCACCACUGUUCCUGUGUAUCGAGAACCUAGAGAACAUCAAGUGUUUGUGGUGUGGCAGCGCAAAACACGUCUCUUUGGAGGCCGUGGCACGGAUCGACACUCGGACAGCAAAAAUAGCCAAAAAUUGGAAAGUUGCAAACUGAAUAGCUAUUUCAUCAAGAGAGAGAGAGAGACUUGGCAAUGAGUGUAGACAGCUCGGGCAGCGAUGGUUGCGUGGGUCAGGCGGCGCCUGGACGGGACAGUGGCAAAGUGAACAAGGGCCUGGUGCUCACUGGUGACUUAGAGCCGAACAAAGGAGAAGUAAUCUUUUCAUGUGUCGCCGAGUCGUCACACAAGUCCGUUACUUCUAGCGACUCAAGCGGCGGCUCGUGGUGGAAUGCGAGAAACGCUCUGGGAGUGUUGAUCUUCCUGGGACUGAUGAUGGCGUUCCUACACAGAGUGGCGCUCUCCAUCACCAUCGUGGCCAUGGUGACCAGAAAUGUGACCGUGACGUUAAACAACGGCACAUGCCCAAUCACUGACGAGCAUCUCAGCGACAAUUAUGUACAAGGUGAAUUUGACUGGGAUGAACAAACACAGUCGAUUCUUUUGGGUGCUUUCUUCUAUGGCUACACGGCAACAAACUUCAUCGGGGGACGUGCGGCGGAGUACCUUGGGGGACGCCUCAUGUUCGGCCUGGGCAUUCUCAUUCCCUCCAUCCUGACGCUGCUGUCCCCCUUGUGUAUCAAUACGUCGGCCAAUCUGUUCAUUGCCCUCAGAGUGUUGGAGGGACUGACGCAGGGGAUGGUGUUUCCCUCAGUGCACUUGAUGAUUGCAGCCUGGAUCCCGCCCAAGGACAAAGCCAAAUACUCCAGCUUUGUUAUGUCAGGUUCAAAUUUUGGAACGGUGGUGGCCAUGGCAGUCGGUGGGUGGCUCUGCAACACCACCUUCUUGGGCGGGUGGCCUUCCGUCUUCUACAUAUUUGGAGGUUUGGGUGUAAUUUGGGGAAUUCUGUGGUUUCUCCUGGCACAUGACCUUCCCGAGCAGCAUCCCAGGAUCUCCGCCUCAGAGCUGCAGUACAUCCUGAAGCACCGAUAUUACGUCAAGAGAGACAAGGUGGUGGCCAUUCCCUGGCAACACAUCGUGACGUCAGCUCCGUUCUGGGCCAUCAUGGCGGCAAGUUUCUGUGAUAACUUCAGUUUCUAUACUCUCCUAACAGAACUUCCUACGUACUUCAGUAAUAUUUUGCACUUCGAUAUGAGUAGCAAUGGGUUACGCUCGGCCCUGCCCUACGCCAUCCAGUGUGUGACGUCUGUGUUGUGGGGGAUUUUCAUAGACGCCUUGCACGCCAGAAAUUACGUCUCCCUCGUUGUGGUUAGAAAGUUGUCAACAUCGAUAGCCCUGUACGUGUCGGCAGCGGGGUUGGUGGCAAUGAUAUGGGUGGAGUGCGACCCUGUGUGGGCCAUCAUAGUCAUGUGCCUGUCGGUGAGCGCCACUGGACCGAUCAACAGCGGCUCCUCCAUAUCCGAACAGGACAUCGCCCCAAACUUCGCCGGCACGCUCAAGGGCCUCACCAACACCCUGGGCUCCGCCACGGGCUUCCUGGCGCCGGCCGUGACAGGAGCCAUCAUCAACAACAACCAAACUCUGAAAGCGUGGAACACUGUUUUCAUCAUUUCUGCUUCAUUCAAUGUGUUUUUCUGCUCCAUCUUUGUCAUCUUCGGAACAGCGGAAGUCCAGCCCUGGAAUUACCCGCAGCCACGAAAAGAGGUCCGCGUCAUCACGAUUUUCGAUAAUGAAUAAAAACUCCUCAUACUCUUUGACUUUCCUUGAGGGCUGUCUUUGUAUCAUGAACAAAUCCCAAGGUAGUAAUGUCAACUAAGACCUACGCACACAAAAUAUUGCCACCCAUACACUUUAUCCUGCUUCAUUAGAAGAGUGGUGGGGAAGGAGGUACAGGGCAGGAGAUUCUCUUUUCUUUCCGAUAACUCUUUAGUUCUUCCACUGAACUUGCAAUGUGUUGCUCAUCAGUUUCAUCACCGCUUGAUGAUGAGCGUACUAGACUGACGACCUCUGGCACUGUUUUACUUAUACUUGGUGUUUGUUGGUGCACGGCUGGAGGGCUGGUUACCUUUCAAUUGUUUCUUGCAUUUCCACCGUCCUUAAGUAAGGUGGUUUUCAACCCUUUUCUUCUCAUGGCGCGCCAAGUUGGGCGGUGAGAAGAGUGAGGCACACCAUCAUCAUUUAAAAAUUGAGGUGAUGAAUGCUAAUAACCCUUCAUGCGUUAAGCAUGUUAAUUACUGCUAAUUAUCUAUUAUUUUGCAUGGUUUAUUAUGGCUUUCAAAGUAUUACUUUCUUUUGUAUAUUCAUUACUUCAAAAUUACAAAGAAAUAUGAUGUCCUUGAUAAAGCUACCAGCUAUCUACCACAACAAAAACAUUUCCAACACAAGAUAGUGAUUUUAUUCAUGAACAAGGACGUGUACACUCUGAACCUCCCUGCCUGUUUCUGUAUUUCCUCCUUCCUAUGACUUGAACUCUUUCAUGUGGGAGUUCUCAAGACACUUAUCCUCUGUUCAUUUUUCAUUGAUAUAGAAACUAUAUAGGAACUGGCAAUACGUGUAUUUUUUUUUUCAUAAUUGCCCUUGGCCAGUUAUCCUCUUACAUAAAAAAAAUAAUAAUAAAUAAUAAAUAAAUGAAUAAA